GGAAUUUGAUUAUGACUUCCAUUGCAAGAGAAACCUUGUGGACAACUGCUGUUUAAAACAUAUUCACACACUAUGUGUGCACGGCGAUUGAUGUUACUGUCAAAGCGAGUAUAGGUUGCUAUUCAAUCUCUGUCGAAAUGAUACGGACACUAAACAGCGCGUCAUUUGCUGCCUUAUUUGCAACGGUGCCAAAGUCCGCGACAUGCAGAACAGCUAGAAUACACAGUGCGUAUGAUGUGGCUGUGGUGGGUGGAGGCAUCGUGGGCCUGGCCUCAGCCAGAGAGCUCAUCCUCAGACACCCCACGCUUAGCUUCAUUCUGCUGGAGAAGGAGAAGGACCUGGCCAUCCACCAAAGUGGCCACAACAGUGGUGUGAUCCACAGUGGGAUUUACUACACCCCGGCUCUGAAGGCCCGUCUCUGUGGCAAAGGGGCCGCUAUGGCCUACGAAUACCUGGACAAGAAAGGACUCCCCUAUAAGAGGUGUGGAAAGCUGAUCGUCGCUGUGGAGCGAGAGGAGAUUCCCAGGCUCAAAGCGCUGUACGAGCGAGGACAGAAGAACAACGUGCGUGACCUCACCAUGAUAGACGCCAAGGGGAUCCGAGAGAGGAAGCCCUACUGCAGGGGUCUGAUGGCCCUGGACUCUCCUUACACUGGCAUCGUGGACUGGAGGCUGGUGUCACUGGCAUAUGGCAAGGACUUCCAGGAGGCAGGAGGGACCGUGGUUACUGAAUAUGAGGCUAGUGACAUGGCCAUGGUGAAGGAAAGCCCCGCUGGCAACACGGACGGAAUGAAAUAUCCCAUCGCUAUCAGAGAUUCAAAGGGUACGGAGGUAAGGUGUCGGUAUGUGCUGACCUGUGGUGGUCUGUACUCUGACCGCCUCGCUCAGAUCUCUGGCUGCAGUCCAGACCCUCGCAUUGUCCCCUUCAGAGGAGAUUACCUGGUCCUGAAGCCUGAGAAACACUACCUGGUCCGGGGCAACAUCUACCCCGUUCCUGACCCUAAGUUCCCCUUCCUGGGGGUCCACUUCACCCCGCGGAUGGACGGCAGUGUUUGGCUGGGUCCCAACGCCGUCCUGGCCUUUAAACGAGAAGGAUACAAGCUGUACGACUUCGAUGCCCGGGACUUUGGAGAUGCACUUUCAUUCAGAGGUCUGCAGAAACUGGUGAUGAAUAACCUAGUGUAUGGUGUUGGAGAGAUGUACAGAGGGGUGUUCAUCGGAGCUCAGGUCAAGAUCUUAAAGAAGUUCAUCCCAGAGCUGUCUCUAAGCGACGUACUCAGGGGUCCAGCAGGGGUGAGGGCCCAGGCUCUGGACCGCGAUGGGAACCUGGUAGAUGACUUUGUGUUUGACGUUGGUGUCGGGGAUGUGGGCAGCAGAGUCCUCCAUGUACGCAACGCUCCCUCGCCCGCCGCCACCUCUUCCCUGGCCAUAGCAGAGAUGGUAGCAGACGAGGUGGAGAGACGUUUCAGACUCUAAAAACUCAAGAGGCACUCUUCGGAUGCUCACCAAAUGGCAUCCUAUUCCCUACUUUUUGAGUUCUGCGCACAACUUUUGACCAGAGCCCACAGGGAAUAGGGUGGCAUUUGGGGUGUACUUACACUUCCCCAGUGGAAGGAAGUAACAACAUUGAUCCAUCUGAUCCAGCUGCACGUCCAUCUAGUGAUUAUAGUGAAGCGGUGAUGAUGCUGAUCUCAGGUCAGUUCUGCAUUUUCCCCAAUGGUUAGUUUGGAGUGGGGGUGAGUGUAUGCUGAUCCUGGAUCUGCGCCAAGGGGAAACUUCACCAGGAAAUUAUCCAUCCAAUCUGUUAACUACUGCUCACUGGUCCAGCAUCUAUCUGCGUCAGCAGAGUGGGGUUACAAAAAUCUGCUAACUUCCCAGGUUUUCCAGAAAUCCAGGUUGGAUGUUUCCAGGAUUAUCUGCUUAGUUCCUCCUUAAUUGCAGGAAUAUUCCAACAGGGAUUUCUGGAAAACUUGGGAGGUUUGUAAAAGUUACUGGAAUUUGCAACCCGACAGCAGAGUGGUCAGGCCAGAAUGGAGUAGACAGAGUAGACUGGAGAAUAGAGUAGACUGGAGAAUAGAGUAGACUGGAGAAUGGAGUAGACAGAGUAGACUGGAGAAUGGAGUAGACAGAGUAGACUGGAGAAUGGAGUAGACAGAGUAGACUGGAGAAUAGAGUAGACUGGAGAAUGGAGUAGACAGAGUAGACUGGAGAAUAGAGUAGACUGGAGAAUGGAGUAGACUGGAGAAUAGAGUAGACUGGAGAAUGGAGUAGACAGAGUAGACUGGAGAAUGGAGUAGACAGAGUAGACUGGAGAAUGGAGUAGACAGAGUAGACUGGAGAAUAGAGUAGACUGGAGAAUGGAGUAGACACAGCAACAUGUACUCAAUGAAGCAUGUAAAGUGCAUUUGGAAAAUAUUCAGACUCCUUGAUCCCCCCCCCCACACACAUUUUGUUACAGCCUUAUUUUACUCAAUCGACACACAAUACCUUAUAAAGCCUGGUGCUACCUAAGCCUGAUUGGUCCUACAUUAAAGACAUUUUAAUGAGCCCAAUCCCAAAAAAGCCCAAAUAAUUGUGCUAUUUUCCAAUAGAUAUAUCAUAUACACAUGACAGAAAAACAUAAAUUCCCAUAGGGGCGGCAGCGUAGCCUAGUGGUUAGAGCAUUGGACUAGUAACCGGAAGGUUGCGAGUUCAAACCCCCGAGCUGACAAGGUACAAAUCUGUCGUUCUGCCCCUGAACAGGCAGUUAACCCACUGUUCCUAGGCCGUCAUUGAAAAUAAGAAUGUGUUCUUAACUGACUUGC